AUGGCUCGGAAGAAGAAAGGUUUAUCGAAGCCGGUGGUUUCCGAUGAGGUGGUGGAAGACCUCCCUUCGAUCCAAGAUGAGGUACCUGUUAUGAUUCCUGAUGAAGAAUUUCAUGACCCGUGUGACGAAUUGGAGUUGGAACGUGGUGUAGAGUUGAAUCGUGUUGGAAAUGUGAAUCGCUCCUCUCCUUAUUCUGUGAGUUGGGCUGAGGAGGCUAAGGGAUCUGAAUUUCAGAGGUCGGCUAAGGAUGUAUGGAGUAAUUUUAAGUCGAACCAGGUUCUUACCCCUUCCACUCGUCUAAAUUACACUGAACCUUUGAAAAUGGGUGACCAAAUUGUGGCUCGAUUAGACAUGGAGGAGGUGGAGACUGAAGCCUCAUUCUGGAAGAAUGCUAUUGUUUGCAUUGUGCUGGGAGCUAACCCACCUUUUAGAGUGUUUGAAGGGUUUGUCAAGAGAAUUUGGGGCAACUUAGGUGUUGAUAAGAUAGUUAGAAUGCACUCAGGUUUUACCCUUGUUAACUUCAAGGAUGAAGCAACUCGGGAUCUGAUUUUGGAAACGGGAGUCAUACAUUUUGAUAAAAAACCGGUGGUUCUUCGUCCUUGGACGCCAGAUAUGGACUCAGUGAGAAUGGUCAGGUCGGUGCCGGUUUGGAUUAGGCUGAAUGGUUUGGGUUUGCAAUACUGGGGAAAAAAUAGUCUCAGUGCUAUGGUGAGCACAAUUGGGAGGCCGGUUAUGGUGGAUAAAGUGACACAAAGUAGAUCGAUGGUGAAAUACGCUAGAAUUCUGGUGGAUAUGGAGAUUUCGGAUCACCCUCCGAAAUCUAUUUCUUUUAUCAAUGAAAGGGAUCAAUUAGUUGAACAGUUGGUGGAGUAUGAAUGGCUUCCCUCUAAAUGUGCUGCUUGCUCGAAUUUAGGUCAUAUUAUGGCAAAUUGUAACAAGAAUAAUGGUUUGAGUUGGAAGAAGAAAUCUUCUGUUGAGAAUGGCGCUAAAUUAGACAAGAUCAAAGUCAAUUCAGAGGAGGUGAUUCAACAGCCUUCUGGGGUUGUUAGCCUUGUAUCCAGAGAGGAUAAAUCCUCAAGUUAUGAAGAGGAGGGGAGGACUAGUCGAUCUCUAGAGCAAAAGCAAGUUGGAACAGGGAGUUCUGUUGAUGCUGGAAACUGGAUUACUCCUAAGAGGAGAGGUUCUAGACAGGGUAUGGCAGAUUCUCAUAAGUCAGAUAUAGCUCUAGCAAGGCUAUAUCCGGAAAUGGUUAUGUUGUGUUACAGGAUACUGGGUCCUAUUGUUUCUGGUAGAAUCUUAGUCUUGUGGCAAGCUAAGUUUGUGAAGGUUGAUAUCUUGCUUGAAGAUCCUCAACUGGUUCAUUGUAGAAUCAGAGUGAGUGGCCAGCAGACAAUGUUUUUUGCUACUGUGGUUUAUGGAAGUAAUUCUAUGGGGGAGAGGAAAAAACUUUGGGAUAAAUUAGCUAGUAUUGGUCAGUUAAAGUUUCCUUGGAUAAUUUUUGGAGACUUUAAUGCCAUGUUUAGCUACCAAGAUAGGAAUGGUGGUAGACAAAUCCUUGCAAAGGAUAUAGCCGAUGCUCAAGAUUGGUUAGCUUUAGGCCAAGUUGAGGAACUUAAAUGUGCUGGUGCUCAGUAUACGUGGUCGAACAAACAUGAGGCAGGAGACCGUAUUUUCUCUAAAUUAGAUAGAGUUUUUAUUAAUGAGUUGUGGCUGGAAGAGUUCCCGAAAACUGUAGCUUGCUUCAAAUGGGACUGCAUUUCUGAUCAUAGUUUCUAUGUGAUUCGAAGUCAAGAAGUUAACAAGGUGGGAUUCAUUCCUUUUCGUUUUGGUAACCAUUGGACGCAGUAUAGAGGUUUCAGAGACGAUGUUCUGUGUUGCUGGAAUGCUCCAGUUGGUUCUGGUGGAGGUCUUAACAAGGUGGUCAAGAAGCUUUUUCGAGUGAAACAUAUGCUGAAAAGGUUCAACAGGGAGGAGGUUGGAGAUGUUGUUUUGAACUAUAGGGAGGCUAAGGAGGAAUUUAGUAGAGUUCAGGAGGCUUUGGCAGCUAACCCGACUGAUCUGUCUCUGCAUCAAAUAGUUACUCAAGCUCAACACAAGGUUUCAGUCUUACAGAACCGUUAUGCUAGUUAUCUCAAACAGCAAAGUAAACUUAAUUGGCUCAAGUUUAGUGAUGAAAACUCAAGAUUCUUUCAUGCUUUUAUGAGGAAGAGAAGAGUUGAUAAUAGAAUUACUUCCUUCUCUAUUGGAGGCAAAAUAGAAGAAGAUUUUCCUAAAGUUGUUGAGCACUUUCUUUCCCAUUUUAAGAAUUUAUUGGGGAGGAGAAGUUGGACUUCUAAAGAGAUUGAUAUCAACUAUAUUGGAGAUGAAAUUUCCACUGCUGUGUUGGAUUUCUUUCAGGAUGGGUACUUGCCGAAGGAGCUGAAUGAAAUUGUGAUUUCUCUUAUUCCUAAGAUAGUUGAUCCGAGCUCUGCUAGUGACUAUCGUCCAAUCGCGUGUUGUAAUACACUUUAA